GUUGAAGUCUUGCAGAACGCCCCACAGGGUUGUCAGCAUGACAUCCUAGUGCAUCUAUAAUACCCUCAUCUGAUUGGCCCGCACAUGCUCGCAGAAUAUCCAUCAACACCUUUAACUUUACCUCCGACAUCAAAAGGAAAACCAUGAAGUGAAAGGAGACGCAAUUGAGAAGAUGGCGGAGAAGGAGAAGAGCCAGAGCAACUAUAAAGGCUUUGUGGCAGGAGUGUUUUCUGGUGUUGCGAAGCUUACAGGUAAGUCUUUCCCCUCGUUAUCUACCCCAAGCUGUAUAUUUCAUACCCCAGCUUUGAAAGUCCUCUACGCACCACCAACCAAUCUAAGGAUUGCCAAUGAUAGACAACUAACUUCAAACAUCUAGUUGGUCAUCCCUUCGACACCAUCAAAGUCCGCCUCCAAACCUCCGACUCAACACGCUUCUCUGGCCCCCUCCAAUGCCUCCUCCAGACAGUCAAGAAAGAAGGCGUAGCAGGACUGUACAAAGGCGCCACGCCUCCUCUAGUAGGAUGGAUGUUCAUGGAUAGCCUCAUGCUCGGUUCCCUAACCUACUACCGCAAAUUCCUCCACCGAACCCUCUUCAACCCGCACCGAAUGGCCGCCUCGCCCUCCGCUUUCGCCCAACGCGACCUCCCCCUCCCAAACUCACAGCUCCACAAACUCCCCACGGUAGGGCAUGCAAUGGCAGGUGUCAUGGCUGGGGCAACAGUCAGCUUCAUAGCUGCGCCCGUGGAACACAUCAAAGCCCGUCUGCAAAUCCAAUACUCCUCUGUCAAAUCCGAACGGCUAUACAAAGGACCUAUUGACUGCCUACGGAAAAUCUACCGAUUCCACGGCCUCUCGGGCCUCUACCACGGUCUCUCUGCUACUCUCCUCUUCCGCUCAUUCUUUUUCUUCUGGUGGGGCAGUUACGAUAUCUUCACUCGUCUCUUGUCGGAGAAAACAAGCCUUAGUGCGCCUGCCAUCAACUUCUGGGCAGGUGGACUCAGCGCACAGGUCUUUUGGCUUACGAGUUAUCCUAGUGAUGUGGUUAAGCAGCGGAUCAUGACCGACCCAUUAGCUGGGGGGCUCGGGGAUGGGGUUAGGAGAUUUCCGAAUUGGAGGAGUGCUGCAACGGCUGUUUACAAGGAGAAUGGGCUUAAAGGAUAUUGGCGAGGUUUCGUGCCGUGCUUUCUAAGGGCAUUUCCUGCAAACGCAAUGGCGCUCGUUGCCUUCGAAGGUGUUAUGAGGGCAUUGCCUUAGACUUGUGCUGAUACUCAUGUGAAUAUAUGGUUGACGGAUAUUGUGAUGAUAUGGUAGAUGGAUGGUAGAGGC